AUGAAAAGCUUUACUCAUAGUAUAUUGUUUUUAUUUAUUUUUUAUAUUAAAUUUACACUUGUUUUUAAUUCUUAUAAUUUAAAUUUGCCUUUAAGUCAUGUUCAGUACUAUUUUAACAGUUUUCCGGAAGAGAAAAAUAAGUGUUUACACGACAGUGAUUGUAUUUAUAAAGAUUAUUUAAAUCAUAAAUAUGGGAACUAUAAUGAAAAAGCAUGUUGGGGAUACGAAAAAAAUUGUGAUGUUAAAGAAAGAUUUUCUUCACCAAAGUGCCAGUCAAAAUUUAAAAUUGAAGGAAAAACUGCAUCGGAAAUAUUUUACCAACAAGCUGAUUUUGGUUAUGUUAAAGAACAGAUUAAUGAAUUAACUACAAUCUGUAGUGCGCGCAAUGAAAGUGAUUCAUUUCUUGAAUGUUCGAAAUACCUCAGAUUUUGUAAGGGUAAAAAUAUUUACAUUGAUUUAAGUGACAUAUCUAGAAACGGAAAACCUUUUCGAUAUAAAACCGACGUUUUGAAGUAUGGACAAAUAGGUGGUCAUUGCAAUCUUGAAAAACAAAAGUUAGAUAAAGAAAUCGAUCAGUUAGGAGCAUUGCAAUCUUGGGCACCAGAAUUGAGAUUUUUUAAAAGUACAGAAUUACCUUUAAAUGAAGAGGAAUGUGAUCUUAUAAUAGAUAAACCUACUAUUUUAAUGAAGCUAGACGCUCAGUCAAAUAUGUACCAUCAUUUCUGUGAUUUUUUUAACUUAUACUUAUCUUUACAUGUUAAUCAAACAUUCUCAAGUUUAUAUACAAAGGAUGUACAAAUUUUGCUAUGGGAGACGUACGAUUAUUAUGGUCCAUUUGGAGAAACAUUUAAUGCAUUUUCUGAUAAUUCAAUAUGGACUUUGAAGGACCUAAGCAGACAAAAGAUUUGUUUUAGAUCACUAUUAAUGCCUUUAUUACCUCGCAUGAUUUUUGGAUUAUAUUAUAACACUCCAAUAGUAAAUAAUUGCCGCAACAGUGGUUUAUUUAAAGCCUUUUCCGAAUUCAUCUUAUAUAGGCUAAAGAUACCCUUAGAGCUAUCCAUCAGUCCACCAAAAAUUCGAAUAACAUUUGUUAUACGAAAAACUAAAUAUCGGCGAGUACUUAAUGAAAAUGAAUUAAUAAAAGCUUUGAGAGACGAUUUAAAUUAUGUUGUUAAAGCGGUAUCAUUUGAGGCUAUAACUAGUUUUACAACUCAAUUAGAAGUAGUGCGAAAUACUGAUAUUUUAAUAGGAAUGCACGGAGCUGGUCUUACUCAUUUAUUGUUCUUACCAGAUUGGGCAACUAUUUUUGAAUUAUAUAAUUGUGGAGACCCAAAUUGUUAUAAAGAUUUGGCAAGGUUAAGAGGCAUCAAUUAUGCUACUUGGGAGGAUAAUUCCAAAUUAUAUCCUGAAGAUGAGGGAUCUCAUCCUGAUGGUGGAGCUCAUGAAAAAUUUACGAAUUACAAAUUUGAUAAGAAAGAGUUUUUACGGAUUGUUGUAAAGGCAGUGCAAGAAGUAAAAAAUCAUGAGUCGUACAAGGAGUUUAUUAAAAAACCACGUAUUGAAAAUUCACUUGAAGCCAAUAAAUACGAACUAUAAUCACUUUUAAAUGCAUAGGCAAUUAAAAGUAUAAAAGUGUAUAAACAUCUGCUUGUAUAGUGGAUAAGUGCGUUUUUUAAUAUCAUAUUAUGAAUAACAUUAUGUAUGUAGGUACCCUACAUAAAAUGAAAUAAUACUAACAGUGCCUAAUAUUUAUUGCAAUCUUUCAACUUGUAUUAAUUAUCAUCCUAAUGGUUUUUGCAAGCAUGAUUAAUAAAUAAUAAUAUUUACUAAAAAUCUUUUGUGAAUAAUACAAUAAAUUUGUUUUUAA